ACUAUUUUUGUGAUGCCAUAUAUUUGAUAGACGUGAUGUUUGUCAAACCGAGACUGAUGUUCUUGAACGAGGGUUUCAUGGUGGAAGAUACGGUGGAAACGAAGAAGAACUACCACAAAAAGCUAGAAUACAAAUUCGACGUAUUAUCGCUCAUGCCUCUGGACAUCUUGUACCUUUACUUUGGAACGGACAGAGUUAUUCUCCGCCUUCCACGACUUCUGAAACUGCAAACGUUCUGGGAGUUCCACCGUGCUAUGGACCGGAUUUUGCAUUGCCCAUACGUUGUUCGAGUCGGUAAAACGCUAUUCUACAUCUUCUACUUAAUUCACCUGAACGCUUGCGCCUAUUACGCCAUAAGUGACUACAUGGGCCUCGGCUCUGACGGGUGGGUGUACGACAACAAGGGAAACGCUUAUAUUCGUUGUUUCUACUUUGCAACCAAGACCGCCACUUCGAUUGGUAAAAAUCCAAAGCCAGAAAACGCGGUUGAGUAUCUGUUCAUGACGGCUGCUUGGCUGAUGGGUGUCUUUGUGUUUGCACUGCUGAUAAGUCAGAUACGGGAUAUCAUCGCUACGGCUACUAAGGCUAAGACGGAAUACCGCAACAGUGUUGACGCUUGUACGUGGUACAUGCGCAGGCUGAACUUGCCUGUGUCGUUACAACGCCGUAUUGCUUGUUGGUUUAACUUCACCUGGAACCAGCAGCGGUGCUUUGAUGAAUCAAAAAUUUUGAAUUCGCUGCCCUACAACAUGAAACGAGACGUGGCCCUCUACGUACACAUGUCGAUUUUGAGUCAGGUGGAGCUGUUCCGCGACUGCUCGCCGUCGCUGCUGCACGACCUGGUGCUGCAGCUGCGGCCGGAGUCGUUCCUGCCGGGCGCCGCGGUGGUGCGCCGCGGGGACGUGGGCCACCACAUGUACAUCGUCAAGAGCGGGGAGUGCCUGGUAAUGGCAUCUGAUGAGAAAGAGGUUCUGGCGGUUUUGAGGACAGGUUCCGUAUUUGGGGAGAUCAGCUUGCUUGGUUUGGAAGGACUACGACGUCGCACUGCUACCGUAAGAUCUCGUGGGUACUCGACUCUCUUCGUUCUGUCCCGAAGCGACUUGGAAUCCGCGUUGGAAUACCACGAGGAGGCAGCUCAGAUUUUACGACUCCGAGCCGAUAGGAUCAUUCGGGAAAACGCGGCACGUCAGGCUACGAAGGCCUACAAUCUACAGAGUAGUGAUAGUCUAUCUCAGGAAGAGGACAUUAAAAAGUCGCCUAGUGGAAUGAAAAGGCGAAGCGAGGGAGACGGGGUCCAGGAGCUGUCCCACCGCCUGAGUCCGGGCGACCGUAAGGUCCAGCCCUUCCUCGGCCACCGGGCCGCACCUGGCAGCCCCGCAGAAACUGUAGGGCACACAGUGCUACCCGGCGGCAUGCGCUUGCGCGACUUAGAGCGGACGAGCGAACCCGCCCACCCCGUCCGCCGCGUGAGGGAAGGAAAAACCCCACGUCUCCGCGCCGUCUCAGCGCCACACACACCGCCGCACCUCCGUGCCAACCCACCUGCGCUCACAAGUCCAUUCUGA